UUACAAUGUAAAAAUUAAAAUAAUGGAUCUCAAAAUUUAUUAAUCAUACGCAUGUGAAAUCCAACCGAGAUGGCAAAAAAUGCGGAAAUAUUCAUCUGCCUGAUAGUGACAGUUUCAGUGGUCCUUCUGUAUAUUGUGAACAAAUGCUUUUUAAAUACAGAAAUAUUAGAAGACCCUGGAGACUACAGUUGGAUCAUUCACGGAAUCCGGAAUAUUUUGGGCUACGCGACUGUAUUUGUUCCAGGAUUUUUAGUAUACAAGUAUGUAGUAAAUACAAACUACUUAAACAAAAGUGGUAGAGGCGUGUUUGGAGCUGUGAUACGAACAUGCUUUGGUGAAGAUGAGCUUCUACUGGUGAACACCAACCCUCAUUCGGGGACGAAUCAACGAACACCUUUGCAAGACUGCUGUUUGCUGCUUUUCUAUUUUUGUGGGCUUCAGAUCUCCUACUUGUCAUGGGGUGUGUUACAAGAAAAAGUGAUGACACAGAAAUAUGAAAAUUCAGAUAAAGAAGUAGGUUAUUUCAAAGACUCACAGUUUUUAGUGUUUGUUAAUAGAAUUCUAGCUUUUCUUACAGCUGCCAUCAUAUUAUUUUGUACAAAACAACCAAGGCAUAGGUGUCCAUUGUACAAAUAUAUGUACUGCUCCUUAUCAAAUAUAAUGAGCUCUUGGUGCCAGUAUGAGGCCUUGAAAUAUGUGUCUUUUCCUCACCAAGUUCUUGCCAAGGCUAGUAAAACAAUUCCUGUAAUGAUCAUGGGAAAGCUAGUAUCAAAAACUAAAUAUGAAUUUUAUGAGUACGUUACAGCAGUUAUAUUAUCUAUAGGUAUGUUGUUGUUCAUGAUAGACACAGGUAACGAUCGAUCAAACUCCACUGUGACAACAUUUUCUGGUGUGAUAUUGUUGUGUUCAUACAUAGCCUUUGAUAGCUUCACAGCCAACUGGCAGGGGAAAUUGUUCAAGCAAUAUGAGAUGAAACCAUUACAGAUGAUGUGCUUUGUAAAUUUCUUUUCUUGUAUUUUCACUUUGGUAUCCCUGCUGCAACAAAGUAGCUUUAUGAAGUCACUCGAAUUUAUGAUCAAAUUUCCACAGUUCAUUGUGGACGCUGUUUUAUUAUCAUUAUGUAGUGCUGGUGGACAGCUGUUCAUCUUCAAUACAGUGUCAACAUUCGGACCUCUGGUUUUCGUUAUAAUAAGCACAGUUCGACAAGGCUUCUCUGUGUUAUUAAGCUGUGUGAUUUAUAAACAUCAUGUUAGUGCAAUAGGUAUUUUCGGAGUAUGUCUAGUGUUCUUCAGUAUGCUGUUGAGAGCCUAUUGUGGUUACCGGAUAAAAACAUUGAAACAGUUUCAUCUACAGAGUGGCAUCAGUAAUGUAAAGAGUGAGAAAUAAAUCUUAGAUCUUAUUUAGUGUUAUGUAAUUGAAUCCAAUGCAAGAACAAAUGAUAAAUAUUCAAUGAAAUUGUUCAUUAUAGAUGAAAAUGGGAACUUCAAUGUGGUUGUGAAAGUGUAUGGUUCUGAAACAAUGAAUACAGGGUUUGUCCGGAAAGUAAUAGGAUUGAGUCGAUUUAAGAAAAUUUAUUGAGCUAAUCGUUACAAUUCUUUAAAAACUUUCGAAAUAGGUUCCUUCUGCGUCGAUGCAUAGCUGCCAGCGCGAUUUCCAAGCAUUGAAGGCGUCACGGAAGGCAUUCUCCAGAAUAGCCUUGAGAGCUGCGGAAGCGUUGAGAUGCCGGCCUUGGUCAGGUAGCUGUUCACAAGAAAGGCGGUGUGAGCCAGGGCGUUGUCGUGGUGCAACUUCCAGUCGUCUGCGAUAUCUUGUCGGACCCGACUGACGCUUCGUUUGAGUCUCCUGAGCACUUCCACGUAAAACUUGGCGUUGACGGUUUGUCGAGGAGGAACAAAUUCAUGGUGGACGACGCUUUUGAUGUCAAAAAAGACAAUGAGCAUCGUUUUCACUUUGGCUUUGCUCAUUCUUCCCUUUUUUGGGCUAGAAGACGCCGUCGUGUGCCACUCGGAAGUUUGCCUCUUUGUCUCGGGAUCAUACUCACAUACAGUCAUGGCGGAAGAAAACGAGUCCUAUUACUUUGCGGACAAACCCUGUAUAUAAUACACUAGAUGUAAAGUGAAGUGCUGAAUUCAUAGCUAUCAUUGUUACGUGCUGCUCCCAAGAAAUCGAGUCACCACGGGAACUGCCAUUUACCAAUGGACGUGUAUCUUCACAACUUUGCUUCUUCCAUUCUGUGUCUUAAUUCAGUUGAAUCUUGGGUUCAACAUUGCAUGCGCGAUCUUGCAUUGGAGUUUUCAAUGGAGUACAUGAGAAAUGUACAAGAUGUAUAUAUUUUUUGGAUUAGACAUUUUAUUUUUUAAACUCUUAAUAAAAACAUAUGGCCCAGAGCCUAAAUGGGUAGUUACUUGAGCAUCCUAGGAACCUAUUGGGUUCAUGUUUAUGAUGACCCUUUUAGUGGUGGGGAGGAGCAUCUACAGGUCCUCAGAAAUAUAAAAAAAUAGUUAUAAAGAAAAACUCUAGCGCGUCAGAUACAGAUAUUGUAUACAGGGUGUUCCUUAAUGAUAUGCGAAUAUUUAAGGGUGUGAAUCUACAUGAAAAAUUAAAACUAUGGUCCAAAAAUGUUUCGUUACAAAAAUUCGGAGUGUUGAAGUUUUAGGAAAAAAAUCGAAAUUAAUUAAUUAUUCGGAACCGCUUCAGAUAUUUCGCUGAUAUUUAGUAGGUAGUGAAAGUUAAUAAAGCUGCAUAUUUUUCAAUGCAAAAAUAAUUUUUAGCUUCAACACUGGCGUGCGUACGGGUAUUGAGAAAGUAUUAAGAAAAAAAUGGUACGCCAAUGGUUUUUUGCCAAAUAGAAAUUAUUUUUGAAUUCCCC